UCCACUUCUCCCUUCCCAUCUAACGCGCUUCUUCCUCACUCGUCUCUUACGACCUCCAGCUUCCCCAGCUUUCAAUCCAGCUUACCAGCUAAUAACGACAGCAGGACCAAAAUGUUCGCGCGCAAGCAGAUCCUCGUCAUUGCCACCUUGUUGGCCAUCCUUGGAGCUGCCUCGGCGCUCCCCCAGGACCCAACGACCAAGCCCACGCCUGAGGACAAGCCUCUCGCGACGGCCCCCACCGACUCUAAGGACAAGCCCAAGCCCCUCGAGACGGCUCCCACCGACUCUAAGGACAAGCCCAAGACUGGCGACGAGCCCGCUCAAACUUACGCCGAGCCCACUGGAUUCAACCCCGAUGGAAGCGGUGGCAAGACCCUCGGCCAAGACGAUCCUGCUACUGAGCGUGACGAGACUUGGCCCGCUUGCGACACGCCAGACCAGAACCCUGCUACUGAGGUGACGUGGAAAACGGGCAAAGCCAGCACCUACAAGCUCAGCGACGACAAGGUCUUCUUCUUGAGCCCUGGUCAGGGAGCCUGCACGAACUACACUGACAAGGACAUUGGAAUCUGCCUCAAGCCAGGAUGGCUUAACAGCGGCUAUCACAAUUUGUGUGACUCCGUCGUCGAGGUCUUCCACCCCAAGGCCAACGUCAGCUCCUUCGCUCGCGUUGUCGAUGCCUGCGGUGCUGUUGAAAACGCCACCUUCGGCUGCAAUGAUGUCUACCUCACCAAGGCUCUGUUCGAGACCCUCGCUGGAAACGACACUGAUGCUGUCGACAGGGGCGCCCUCCUUGGCCAAGUCCAAUGGCGUUUCCUGGACGGUGAACAAGCCAAGAAGGCACAGAAGAAGCACCCCAAGUUCUUCCCGCGUCCAUUCGCAACCACACACUCCAGAAGUAAGAGCAAGAACAAGGCUGACUCUUGGAAGGAUGAGAACGGCAAUGAACACGCGUCGGCAAAGAGCGCCAGUGUCACCGAGGGCGGUGCCCUUGCUGGUUGGGUCGACGCCUUCGGCGAUGACUUUGACGACCUCGACGACGAUGACGGCUCUCCCGUCACCGAGGCUACGGUCCCCCAGCCUGAGAAGGCAUCGGAGAAACCCGAGCAGACUCAGACUGAGGAGCAGAAGCCCGCAGACCAAAAGCCCUCGGACCAGAAGCCCACCGAGGAACAGCCCACCGAGGAACAGCCCACCGAGGAGAAGCCUGCCGACAAGCCCACCCCUAGACGUCGCUCCCUGCGUGCUUAA